AUGAAAGGAAUGACUGGGAAAGUUUGUACCGGCGUCUGCGAGCUCUUAAAUCCGACUGUAAAAAGGGGGAAUGCGUCUGAGGACAUAAACGGCCCCGUUGCGCCGCAGGCACCCGAUGUUCACCCAUCAGAGGGCGGAAGUGCAAUGACACAGGAACCGGAAGUGCCCACAGUAGCGGCUGCGCUGAUCAAGUGCGGGGCGGCCCGAGCUGUCGGGCUGGCGAGGAAUCAGAGGAGGAAGAAGCUGCCCCGGGAGAAGGAGGCCCUGCAGACACAGAUGUUUGGGCUGCCAGCUACCAAGGACAAGAGUAACAGCCUCUCCAAGGUGCCAUUAGCAGUACCGGCCGUUUCGAGGCGGCGGUUACCGUCACGCGUCAUUCCGAGGCGGCAGUUACCUGUCCCGGCCGUUCCGAAGCAGACGCUGCCGGUGCCGGUGCAAGUAGCGGGCGCUGCCGAGGCACAGCCGCCGGUUCCGGCCGGAGCUCCCGGUCCCCGGGCCCGUUCCGGGGCGAUGGGGGGGCUGAUCAGCCGUGUGCUGUGGGGCACAAGGCGAGGGAGGAAGCGGGAGCGCAGCGAGAGAGACGACAGCGACGACGGCAGAGGGCAGCACAGCCGGUGCGGGCAGGGAAGGGGCGGUGUGGGGAGCGGCGCCGGGGCAGAAGGGGCGCUGCAGGGUCGGGUGGGCGCAGGGGAGCGGAGAGAAGGGGCGAGGGGGCGCUGCGGGGCCGGGGAAGCGGUGCGGUGGGAGGAGGGGCGUGCGGGGCCGGCAGCGGCAGCGAAGGAGCGGUGGAGGGUCGCUGGGUGUGGGGAGAAGGGGACGGCCGUGGGAGGCGGGAAAAGGUUUAAAAGGACCUCCGAGUACAUUUAUGAGGAGCUGUUUCUGAGUGGCAAUGGCAGCGACAUCAAAAUCCGUGCCCUGGGAAAAGAGUGGAACCUGCACAAGGUGUAUCUGUGCCAGUCAGGGUACUUUUCCAGUAUGUUCAGUGGACAUUGGAGGGAAUCCAGCAUGGACACCAUUGAGUUGGAAAUUUCUGAUGAAAACAUUGAUGCAGAAGCUCUCCACGUGGCUUUCAGCUCACUCUACCAGGACGAUGUUUCAAUAAACCCGGAAAAAGUGGUUGCGAUUUUAGCAGCAGCCUCCAUGCUGCAGUUGGACAACUUAAUGGAGCAAUGUGCUGAGAUAAUGAAGGAAACCAUUAAUGCAGAAACUGUCUGUGAUUACUAUAAUUCAGCGGAGAUGUAUGGGUUGCCCUUCAUGAAGAAAAAAUGCCUUAAAUGGCUCUUGAACAACCUGAUUACUCACCCACGAGUUGAAGUCUUCAAAGAAAUCAGUAUAAACCUCAUGGAGCAGCUGAUCAGCUCUUCCAACCUGCUUGUAAUGCAAGUGGAAAUUGACGUGUAUAGCACUCUCAAAAAGUGGAUGUUCCUUCAACUCGUGCCUUCUUGGAAUGGGACUUUGGAACAGCUCUUAUCUGAAGCCGAUGCCUGGUUUGCCCAGUAUCGGAAAGAUUUUGGGCGUGCCGUUCCAUUCCUGAGCUCAGAACAGGGGAAGGUGUUCCAGUCAGUGUUCAGACGCUUGAGAUUGCAGUAUAUCAUCAAUGACGUGACAUCAGCUGGAAUAAUUGACAACGAUUACCUCAUACCCCCCGCGUGGCUGUGCUCUAUUUACAAACAGCAGUGGUUGACCAUGCUCAGAACAUAUGAAGGCAGUGAUAUCGGGCCUGAAGAAAUAAGUGAAGAGACACUGGAAGAAAAGAGCAUGCGAUGUGGUCGGGUGCUUGAGGAGGAUGGUGAAUUCGCCUGGAGCUGGUCUGGGUUCAACUUUGGCUUUGACCUCCUCGUUAUUUAUACAAAUCAGUGCAUCGUUUUCAAACGGAAUACACUGGAUGAGCUGAGCAGUGGCUCAGUCAGUCUGCAGCCCAUGAGAAACGUGGCCUUCAGGUUAAGUCUGGCCUGCUUUGAUGACGAUGGGACAAAGAUUUUCAAGAGAACAACAGGAUAUCAGAUCCUAAGUUUUGGGAACGACGAGGAGCAGGUAGUGAUAAAUUUCCUCGAGGAAGAGAGACGCCCCUUCUUCCCGCUCUACAUCAGCUGCAACUUCCAGUACACUACGCCGGAGGGAGGCACCACCAGAUAAUGCGGAAAACUGACACCUCUUCAGUGGAACAGGGGAGCCCUUCCACACUUCAACAAGAGAAAAGAGCCAUACAGCAGCAGCUCUCAGCUAGGAUUCUGUGGAAUGCUGACCACAGACACGAGCCAAAUCCCAGUUUUUUAAACUUUUUGUGACUUAUUUUAACUUUUAUGUUGGGAAUCUAUCCCGUUUUAGCUCAGGAAUUUGUGACCUUUCAGUGCCUUUGGAGCUGUAGGUGUUAACACACUUUUAACAUCAGUUAAGCAGCGUCAAAAGAUCCAAGGGAAGAGCCCCGACCAAGGCAUUCCUUUUCAGCUGGUUUGGCGAGUGGGCCGAGCGUGCACUGUAUUUAUUCUUUGUCCGAGUCAGGUUUUAUGUUCGUCCGUCUAAAUUUGAAUUCUUACAGCAGGACAUUUGAAUUAAAAUUUAGAAUUCUGCCUCUUUAGUAGGCUAAUUUUUUCAUGUUGUUAUAAAAAUAAAGUCAAUUGUACUUUACCAUUUUUACUUUUAUUUUAUGUAAAAAUGUGUUUGGCAAGAUGGGAAAAUGUGGCACCUUGUCAAUAGAUGAGUGGAAUGCUCACCAGCGUCUGUCCUUUUCCACCACAAACAGCUUUUUCUAUCGGAUUUGCCAGUGAAUGCACUUCUCUGUUAUCUUGUGUUGCAUCAUACUUCUUUGGA